CGACGGCAGUUUCCGUCGUCGUCCGGAAGUAGGUGUUGAUCCGGCCCGUGCCGGGACGUUUGCUCUUCUUGCAUUACUCGGUUCCUUGCUAUUAUUCCUUAGGCGACCCCGGGCAUCACCGCUGACCCUCCACGAAGUUUACGUCGGGGAUUCUGUCGCCCUCGGCUUUCGUCUCAGGCGUGCCCGGCCGCCCUGUUUCCCUGCAGAGCUUACCUGCUGCAUACGGGAUCGCGUGCUUCCCAUGGCGGGCGCCGCUCCGACCACGGCCUUUGGGCAGGCAGUGAUCGGCCCGCCGGGCUCAGGGAAGACCACGUACUGCCUGGGUAUGAGUGAGUUCCUGCGCUCGCUAGGCCGGCGUGUGGCGGUAGUGAACCUGGACCCGGCCAAUGAGGGGCUUCCGUACGAGUGCGCUGUGGACGUGGGCGAGCUGGUGGGGCUGGGCGACGUGAUGGACGCGCUGUGCCUGGGCCCCAACGGCGGCCUACUCUACUGCAUGGAGUACCUGGAGGCCAACCUGGACUGGCUGCGUGCCAAGCUUGAUUCACUCCGUGGCCAUUACUUCCUUUUCGACUGCCCAGGCCAAGUUGAGCUCUGCACGCACCAUGGUGCCCUGCGCAGCAUCUUCUCCCAGAUGGCACAGUGGGAUCUCAGGCUGACUGCUGUCCACCUGGUAGAUUCUCACUACUGCACAGACCCAGCCAAGUUCAUUUCAGUUCUGUGUACCUCCCUGGCCACCAUGCUGCACAUAGAGCUGCCCCAUGUCAACCUCCUCUCCAAGAUGGAUCUCAUUGAGCACUAUGGGAAGCUGGCCUUUAACUUGGACUACUACACAGAGGUCCUGGACCUCUCCUAUUUGCUCGACCACCUGGCUUCUGACCCUUUUUUCCGCCACUACCGUCAGCUCAAUGAGAAACUGGUGCAGCUCAUUGAAGACUACAGCCUGGUCUCCUUCAUUCCUCUCAAUAUCCAGGACAAAGAGAGUAUCCAGCGGGUCCUACAGGCUGUGGAUAAAGCCAAUGGUUACUGCUUUGGAGUCCAAGAGCAACGAAGCCUGGAAGCCAUGAUGUCUGCUGCAAUGGGAGCUGACUUCCAUUUCUCCUCCACCCUGGGCAUCCAGGAGAAGUACCUGGCACCCUCAGACCAUUCAGUGGAGCAGGAAACUAUGAAGCUGUAGCAACAAACUGGGCUCUGGCGAACAAGAGGCAUAACCCAGUGCUGGGGAAAGCUGUAGCUCCCAGUGAGCAGUGAACAGCUCAACAAGCUGCAGAUGCAGGCCUGGCUGGGAGGCUGGCAAGGGGACACUCAGUCCUGCAAAAGACUUCUGGCCAAAAACCAGACAUGGCGCCAAGCAGAGCACCCACAACAAGCAGAGCACCUCAACAUUCAUGAGCUCUGGGCAUUGCCACCAGGAAUUCAGCACGGCCUCACUCAGGCUAUGGUGGAAUGUGCAACAAUACAAGUUUUUUUUCUACUUUUUGUGGCUUUCAAAUUUUCUUCAACAUCCAGGGAGCUAGGGGUAGAAUAAGGCAAUGUCACCCUCUCGCAGAACUGAGUUCUGUUUCUCCAUACAGGGCAGUGUUUCCCCCGAAGCACAGGAUCAUUCUAGAGGCUUGACACUCAUUCCCCGAUCAUGUACUUUUGUUAAUCUUCAGUUUUAACAGUGAUCCUUAAGCUUGACUUUCACAGGUAACACUCUUUAGCUAGAUCUUAACAUUUUCAUUGUAUUUAUUUCAGUUUCAUUCUAUUUUUAGCAAGUGCUAACUAGUUUUCCAUUUAUAGUAGUGAUUAAAAGGACUUUAAAAUGUUCUUCAUAUGACGUGAGUUGUUUAAAGAAAAAUGUAUAUAAUGUGACAUGAGGGGCGUGGCAAAAAUUAAGAAAAUGUUUGAAGAUGGAAA